AUUACAAUUCCGCCAACACAAAUAUUUUUGCUAGACAGCACCAAAGCUUCCCCCUCGUCGCCGAUUUCGUCAUCCGACGCGCCGCCGCUGCCAAACCCUAAUUCUCUUGCCAAGAAGAAGAAGAAAGGCUAAGAUGUCGACGUCGUUGACGGAGGAAGAAGUCAAGAGGUUGUUUAGAAUAAGGAAAACGGUGAUGGAGAUGUUGAAGGACAGGAAUUAUUUGGUUGGAGAUUUCGAGCUGGAGAUGGAUAGAAGGCAGUUUAUACACAAGUAUGGAGACAAUAUGAAACGUGAAGACCUUGUUAUCAGUAAAUCCUUAAAGAAUGAUAGCUCCGAACAGAUCUAUGUCUUCUUCCCUGAUGAAGCAAAAGUUGGAGUCAAGACAAUAAAGAAUUACAUCAACCGUAUGAAGUCAGAGAAUGUUACCCGAGCAAUCUUGGUUGUGCAGCAAAAUCUAACGCCUUUUGCUCGAACUUGCAUUAGUGAGAUAUCAACGAAAUUUCACCUGGAGGUUUUCCAGGAAGCAGAAUUGUUGGUGAACGUAAAAAAUCAUGUUCUAGUGCCUGAGCAUCAGGUUCUUGCAAACGAAGAGAAGAAGACUUUACUCGAGAGAUACACAGUAAAAGAAACACAGCUGCCUCGUAUUCAAGUGACUGAUCCCGUUGCUAGAUAUUAUGGACUGAAGCGUGGGCAGGUUGUGAAAAUUAUUCGACCCAGUGAGACUGCUGGUCGUUACGUCACUUACCGGUACGUUGUCUGAAUUUCAGAUCACUGUGAAUUUGGAUCUACCUUUGUUCUGUUGUAACAAACCAGUUUUUACUGAAGAUUACCCCUUUCUUAAUUUAUUUGUAAUGUUACAUUCAUCAAUGUUGUAUUAAAUUAACUAACCUCUUUUAAUUUGUUUUGUAACGUUACGUUCAUCUCAAAUUGUAUCAAAUUGGUUUCCGUUAUUCGAGUUUGUUCAAUUUGUGUACCUCGUUGGUUGAUAGUGGAACCACGUUAAUCUUCGU